AUUCAGUUUCGCAUCUGUUCGCCGUCCAGAUAAUACUUUCCAUGUGCACACACCACAUGAAGGCAGAGUGCUGUCACACGAAGGAAGAAUCACAUCUUGCAAGAUACCACCACACCACCCCCACACCCCCACACACACAGCAGCCUUCGAUCGAUCAAGUGAGACACAUCGAUGGUCACUGCGGAGGACAAGACAGCCACAGAUCUUCUCUCCCACUAGCGCCCCCCACUACACCCCUAUAUAUCCACUUGUAUCGCCACACACACACAUAUGCACACCCCUGCGCUAUGUCAGUCACUACUCAAUCGUUCACUACAGACGAGUCUGUCUCGUCAAAUCUACCCAAAGCCCGCUCCCUUGCCACGUAUCUGCCUCUAUUGCCCUCUAUUGCCCGCUUGCCACAGACCUGAGCGGCAAAAUGCCACAGCGACAUAGCACGUUUCAUGUCUCAGGCUCGCCAGGUCACAUCACCACCGACAAGAGCACACACACGCGCAAGCGAACAAACGGAGGACAGAAAGAGGGAGAUAGGCAGAGAGACGGAGGCGGGACUCAAGUACAGAUUGACUUUCAAUUGUCCUCUAGGCGCAUGGGCCGUCAAGGGGCGAAUGGAGGCACUUGGCACGGCUGUAGCCAACGAUCUCAAAGCGCAGCUCCAAUUUCGGCUUCAUCGGGCUGUCGAAGAGUGUCUCGAUCUGCUGCAGGCUCGUCGCCGUAUUCCGCCAUGUCGUCCUACAUACUUUCGAUUUGCCUCUUGACCAUGUCCUCGAUAUACUUCAGAGUGAAAGUCCCGGCCCCCACAUUAUGUCGGCGGCAAUCGCAGUGGCCGCCGUAUCGUAGUCACCCUCAUCGAUCAUCUCACCUGCCUAUACACACACACACACACACACACACAGAGAGAGAGAGAGAGAGAGAGAAAGAGAGACAUCCUCGAUGUGUCCGUCGCCCGCUCGUUUACUCACCCCAGAGCACUUUGCCUGGGAUCGCCUGCUGCUCCUGUCAAGCGCUUCGUGCCUCUUUGAUCUCGUUCUUCACCAUGGUCUUCCACCACGGGCCGCAACCUCCUCGGCUCGGCCCACGGCCGACCUUGCUGCACUGGCUCCGUCCACCCACCGCCGUCAUGACGAUUUGCAGUUGGCGAUGCUCCUCGCUCUCUGAACCGCCACUCAGGCCAGACGGGGCCUGAUGAGAAAUGCGACAGACAACAGACACACAGUGUAGAGAUGCAACGCAUUUGAUGCCCCGGACCGCUUUCUGCUUACCGAUGACACGGCACACACAAUGAGGCCGAGGGCCAACAGAAUAAGCCUUGACAUGGUGAUCUGCCAGCGGUGUGGAUCGGAAACGACGAAGCAUGAUGGG